GUCUCGCUCUGUCUCUCUUGUCUUCGCGUAAACGGAGCAGAGAAAAUAAAACCCAAAACUUUAAAAACCACAAAAAUGGUUCAGAGACUUACUUAUCGUACUCGCCAUAGCUAUGCUACCAAAUCGAACCAACAUCGUGUCGUUAAGACGCCUGGUGGGAAAUUGGUUUAUCAGACUACUAAGAAGAGAGCAAGUGGGCCUAAGUGUCCUGUUACUGGCAAGAGAAUUCAGGGUAUUCCUCACUUGAGACCUGCUGAAUACAAGAGGUCUAGAUUGCCUAGGAACCGCAGGACUGUGAAUCGUGCCUAUGGUGGUGUUUUGUCUGGAAGUGCUGUUAGAGAGAGGAUAAUUCGCGCCUUCUUGGUGGAAGAGCAAAAAAUUGUGAAGAAGGUUCUGAAGAUCCAAAAAACAAAGGAAAAGCAAGCCUCGAAGAGCUAGGAUUCUGGAUGUUUGUGAAGCUAAAUUGUGUUUGGGUUGUUAGAUCCACCUGAGAGAAAUUUUGGUUGUUAUUAUGGUGAUGAUGAAAUGUGGAACUGAACUUCAAUGUUUUUCUUUUUGUUUGUUCGAUACUUAUUAAUUUGCUGCUUGUUCACUUGACGACAAAUCAAUUGCUAAUUUUGUUUUAGUGAUAUGGUUUAUGCUGAGUUGGUUUCUUUUC